AUGAUCCUUGAAGAAGAAGUUACCGGAAAGCAGAAAGAAACGACGACGGAUCUUCUUCAGCCACUUUCGUUUUUAUCACUCCCACAAGAAAUCAUAGAGAACAUCCUUGCACGUAUCUCUAAAUGGGAUUAUCCUUUACUCUCUCUCGUCUCUAAAAGAUUCCUCUCGCUCCUCUCUUCUCCCGAACUCUACGCCAUGCGAUCUCACAUCGGAACGAGCGAACCAUGCCUCUACUUCUGCUUAAACCUACCCGAUCACCCAUCUCCCAAGUGGUAUACUCUUUGGAUGGAACCUCUUGAUGAAACCCUAGAAGACGACUUUACGUUGGUUCCGGUUACACCCUCUUCUUCCCAACCACUUUCCGUUCCAUGUGAUGAUUCCGCCGUAGCUGUUGCCUGUUGGUUCGGAAAUAUACGUACUCGGUGCAGCCUACAACACGCCUCCGUCUUCAGCUGUUCGCAUCCUUGA